AUGACCGAAGAUACAAUUUUUUUUCGACAAGCUGCAGAAGCUUUGAUAGCCAUUGGUGUGAACACCUCAAAUAUCGACCCAACCAUCAAGGAACUGCUGAGUCGUCUGAAAUAUGUGAACUCUCAGAAAUCAGUCGCACGCGAGCCUCAACAGGUGAUUCCUCUCGAAAACAAAAAUGUUCUCAAUUAUUUUGACCAGCUUCUCAGCCAUGCGGAUAUUGCAUCUUCAUCUGCCGAUGAGCUGGUACAUGCUUCCUCGACUGAAUACGCAGCGAACAAGAAGCGGAAAAAGUCUGAAACUGCAGAAUAUAUACGCGGCGAUGGUUACAAGGACAACAACAACAGCAGUAAUAGUAAUAAUAUUAAUAAUAAUAACCGGGCUCUCAAUAGCAGUAGCACAGGAUCCGCUGACGAAGAGGCCAAGAAAUUUCCAUGUGUCAAAUGCGAGUUGGUUUUCAGACGGUCCAGUGACCUGAGAAGGCAUGAAAGAGCGCAUUUACCAAUUUUACCCAACAUUUGUUCGCUCUGUGGUAAAGGUUUUGCACGUAAGGACGCUCUCAAAAGACAUUUCGAUACUAUGACAUGCAAAAGAAACAGAGAAAAGCUUCUGAGCAUAGGAGGAGACAUUAACGAAAUUCUGGAGAAGGCAAGGCUCAAUGGGGCAAAAGUUUAA